AUUGAUUCAUAACGCUAACUAUAAGGCUAUACAGCUGUACACUUGUCCUAACUCUUAUGGUGCCUUGUGUGGCAAUACUCAUAUAUUCACUGUUUAAGUAUCUAGUUUUUUCUUAACCUGAAAAUAUAUAAUUUUCUAUUCAACGAGCUUUUCUGAUUCCAUACUUCAUAUUCAUGUUCCUGUGUGCAAUGCCAAUGAUGUUUUUGGAGAUGACUUUUUCACAGUAUUCUAAUCUUGGACCUGGAAGGGUAUGGAUUUGUUGUCCACUAUUAAAAGGAAUAGGUCACGGAAUGGUCGUUUUGACGGGGAUUGUUAGUACCUACUACAACGUCAUCUUGGCUUGGGCCCUGUACUAUUUUGGAAUGUCUUUCUUCCCCAAACUUCCAUGGACCAGUUGUGAUAAUGACUGGAAUACUGAGUUCUGUGAGCUGCGUGACAUGAACUCGAGUUUGCCAAAUUCCACACUAUUUACUCUGGAAGACAAUGUUAACAUUACACUGCCUUCGUCUGCAGAGGAAUUCUGGAGGGGAAAUGUCCUUGAUAUCUCUGAUGGCAUUGGAAAUCCAGGGACGGUCCGCUGGCAGCUUCUGUUAUGUCUGCUGGCCGCUUGGUUAGCUGUUUUCUUGUGUUUAUUCAAAGGAAUCAAAACUUCAGGAAAGGUAGUAUACGUGGCUGCCACUGUGCCGUACCUAUUCCUGCUGGUUUUGUUUAUAAGAGGGCUGACAUUUAAUAUUGAUGGAGCAGCAAAAGGUUUAGAAGUGUUUCUGAUUCCACGCUGGGAGGACCUACUUAGAUUCAAUGUAAAAAUACCUAUGAUUUUGUUGAAAUAUAGU